CCCACCUCCCACUUCAUAAAUUAGGGACACCAAAUAGUCUCACUCGCCCCCAAUAUGCCCAAAUCCCCUAUCCUCCUAACCCCACUCCUACUCCUCCUCUUCCUCCUCUCCUCCCCGGCCCUCGACGCGGCCGAGAAUGGCAGGGCCGCCCUGCCCCGGGGCCAGCAGCAGCAAUUCAAGGAGGCCCCGGAGUUCUACAACUCCCACGAUUGCCCCAUCAUCGAGCCGGAUGAGAUCCUCUGCUCGGACGCCGCGGUCCACGUGGCGAUGACCUUGGAUGCUCACUACCUCCGCGGCUCGAUGGCUGCAAUUCUCUCCAUCCUCCAGCAUUCCUCCUGCCCCGAGAACGUUGCCUUCCACUUCGUCUCAUCCGCUUCGUCGAACUCCUCCUUCCUCCAGUCCACCAUCACAGCCUCCUUCCCAUACCUGAAGUUCCGGGUUUACCCGUUUGAUGACUCCUCGGUGUCAGGACUCAUCUCGACAUCGAUUCGCUCCGCCCUCGACUGUCCUCUCAACUACGCCCGGAGCUACCUCGCUGACAUCCUCCCACUCUGCGUCCGCAGGGUGGUCUACCUUGACUCCGACCUCGUCCUCGUCGAUGACAUCGCAAAGCUCGCCGCCACCCCGCUCGAGGGCUCCACCGUCCUGGCCGCGCCCGAGUACUGCAACGCCAACUUCACAGCAUACUUCACCCCGACCUUCUGGUCAAACCCCUCCCUCUCAUUGAUCUUCGCCGACCGGAAGCCCUGCUACUUCAACACCGGCGUCAUGGUCAUCAACCUCGCCCGGUGGCGCGCCGGGGACUACACGACCAAGAUUGAGGAGUGGAUGGAGCUCCAGAAGCGGAUGCGGAUCUACGAGCUCGGCUCCCUCCCACCCUUCCUCCUGGUCUUUGCCGGCAGGAUCGCCCCGGUGGACCACCGGUGGAACCAGCACGGUCUCGGCGGGGACAACUUCCGGGGCCUGUGCAGGGACCUCCACCCCGGGCCGGUGAGCCUCCUCCAUUGGAGCGGGAAGGGGAAGCCAUGGGCGAGGCUCGACGCAAACCGCCCCUGCCCGCUUGACGCAUUGUGGGCUCCCUACGACCUCCUACAGACUCCAUUCUCAUUGGAUUCCUAGGGGCCAUUGCCGAGCAGAUCGGAGAUCCUGUCGGGUCAAAGUUAGAUCAUAUUCGGCGAUAAGGAACCGAAACAGAGCCAGCCUUCGAGCCCGGCACAGAGCCUGCAGCUAGCUAGGCUCUGUUUCGGAGACGGAGGAGGGGAAGGUGUAGAUAUCGAUCGGCCGCGGUAUAAAUGGAUUACUACAGUGAUCGAUCGGAUAUACAGAUUUUCCGGUUUUAGGGUAAGUAGCAAAAAAAGAAUAUCAUUAUAAUUACUUACAUGAGGGCAGGGGACAUGUGGCCUGUGUAAGAAUAAGGGGGGAUGAUGAAUAAUUCUUUUGUUCCUUUUUCUUUAAGGUUUUGGUUCAUGAAUUUGCCGGUCGGCUGCAUGAUUAAGUGUAUGUAUCGAAAUCUGUAUAGCAAAAGAGGCAUUAAAUUUCUCCAGGCGGAUUCAUGAAUUAUUUCAAUCAUAUGUAAUAAUAAUAAUAAUAAUAAUGAUAAUGAAAUGAUAGUCAA